AGGCGGAAAAUCUAUGAUGAGUACAAUGAUGAGGUAGUUGAGCUGACAAAAGAUGAAAUCAAACUUGUCCGUAGACUGCUCAAGAACCAGGCACCACAUUCUGACUUUGAUCCUUAUCCGGAUUAUGUUGACUGGUAUAAAUGGGAAGAUGCCAAGCAUCCAUUGUCUAAUGCUCCUGAACCAAAAAGGAGGUUUAUUCCUUCAAAGUGGGAAGCUAAAAAGGUUGUACAAUAUGUUAGAGCAAUUCGCAAGGGAACAAUUACUUUUGACAAACCAAAAGAGGAAGAUGGUCCAUAUCUCUUGUGGGGAGAUGAUUCUGGUUCGACAGAAAAAUCAAAUCAUUUGGCUUACAUUCCUGCCCCUAAGCAGAAAUUACCUGGCCAUGAUGAAUCUUAUAAUCCUCCUUUAGAGUACAUUCCAACUCAAGAGGAGAUAAAUUCUUAUCAAUUGAUGUUUGAGGAAGACCGUCCUAAGUUUAUUCCAAAAAGGUUUACGUCUAUGAGGAGCAUCCCUUCAUAUGAGAAUGCUAUGAAGGAAUCCUUUGAACGUUGUUUGGAUCUGUACUUGUGCCCUCGAGUUCGGAAAAAGCGCCUUAAUAUUGAUCCUGAAUCUUUAAAGCCAAAGCUUCCGAGUCGAAAGGAGCUUAAGCCUUAUCCCAUAACAUGCUAUAUUGAGUAUAAAGGCCAUGAAGAUGCUGUUACAUCAAUUUCCAUUGAAGCUUCAGGGCAAUGGAUGGCUUCAGGUUCAAGUGAUGGAACUGUCCGUGUCUGGGAGGUUGAAACUGGCAGAUGUCUUAGGCGGUGGGAAGUUGGUGAAGCUGUCAGCUGUGUUUCCUGGAAUCCUCUGCCUGAUAUGCAUAUUCUAGCUGUUUCUGCGGGACAAGAUGUACUUCUACUGAACACUGGUUUGGGGGAUGAAGAAUUGCAGAACCAGAUUAAGGAGCUUCUCUGGAUUGACUCUUCAACAGCAUCAGAUGACUCUGGUGAUAAAGCACCUAGUGUAAGCUGGCUUAAAGAUGACAAACAUAUGGGUUUAAGGUUAAGGCACUUCAAGACAGUUACUGCUGUAGAAUGGCACCGGAAAGGUGACUACUUUUCAACAGUGAUGCCAACAGGUGAGUCCUCAACCAGGAUCCUAUCCAGACGACAGAAUCCUAUUUUCAUUAUGUUGGCCAAGAAAACCGAACGGUUAAUGACCGUCCAGAACGAAAGUACAAUAUUUCAUGGGAAAAUUCAUUUCUCAUCAAAGUCACAUGAUUUCAUUCGUUCAUAUCAAACCAAAAUCUCAAAUUUCAUAUAUCUCAUUUCAUCCAACGUCUCAUACGUAACUUAGUCAUUUAUCAUUUUC